AUGAAAUCCCAAGAUGAGGAACUAUUUCUAAAUUUUAAGAUUAGACUCAGAUAUUAUGCUAAAAGCAAAACUAUAAAUAGAAUAAGGAUAAAAAAGAAAAUGGGUUUCACACCAAAUAAAGUCUGUAAUUAAUUUAAUUGUACAUAAUAAAAUCCAAAAUAAACUAUUUGUAUACCUUCUAUAAUCACAGUCUCAUUAUAAAAUCAAUUAUAAUAUCAAAAACCGUUGAAAACUUAAAGAGAACCACAAGUUUCCAUAGCUUGUUUUACAAAGAGUGUUCCAAAACUCAAUAACAAAGUUUGA